AUGGCUCUGAGUGCUCUGAUGAAGUCAGCCGUAGUGCUGGGAGUGAUAUACGGAGCUGUGGCUGACGGAGGCUACGGCUCUCACGGAGGAGGCUUUGGAGGCGGUGUUUCCGGAGGAGGCUUCGGAGGAGGAAGCCACGGUGGCGUUGGAGGAGGCCUCGGCGGAGGCAGCUUCAUCGGAGGAGGCGGAGGCCACGAGUACCGCCCAAAUGCAUCCCAUAUGAAGUCAGCCGUAGUGCUGGGAGUGAUGUACGGAGCUGUGGCUGACGGAGGUUACGGCUCUCACGGAGGAGGCUUUGGAGGCGGUGUUUCCGGAGGCUUCGGAGGAGGAAGCCACGGUGGCGUUGGAGGAGGCCUCGGCGGAGGCAGCUUCAUCGGAGGAGGCGGAGGCCAUGGCGGCUACGGCGGCGGUGCCGUCGGAGGCCACGGCGGAGGCGCUGGAGGCUUCAUCGGAGGCGGGAGCAGUGUAGGAGGCGGGUUCGGAGGCUCCGUCGGAGGCGGAUUCGGAAGCCACGGGUCUUCCGGACACGUCAGCGGAGGCUACGGCGGGAAAUAA